AUGACCGUCACGAGGAGCCAGACGGGCAAAACGCCCAGAAAGCCAGAAUUGCCCGAGGGCUUUGUUGAAACACCAUCGAGGAAGCGUUCAACGCGCAAGAAUGCAAACACUGGCCGUACUGCCUCUCCGUCACCCUCGAUCAUGGGCUCCAGGACCCCUCUUGUCGACGCCCCUGCCGAAGAGGUCGAAGUCAAGACCAACGGGCAUACCAAUGGGCACACCAAUGGAUACACCAAUGGCUCGUCCAAGAAGGAGAAGCCGCGCAUCAUCGACGGCUGGCUGGAGGGCUCUGACCCAAAGGUGGAUGCGAACCCCCAAUACGAGUUUGGUGGCAGCGCCGGUGUCACCGCCAUGAUGAUCGGCUUCCCCCUCCUCAUGUGGUACAUGUGGAUUGGCGCCACCUACUACGACGGCGGCUUCCCUAAGCGCGAGUCCUCGAACCAGUCGUGGUCAGACUUUGGCAAGCAGCUCUUCAAUCUGGCAUACACCGGUGCUUUCCCGCACGCAAAAGCAUGGGCAAUCUACUGGACCUUCUUCGUCUUCGAAGGCAUCUGCUACCUGUUCAUGCCCGGUGUGUACAGCAAGGGCAAGCCCCUUCCUCACCUGGGCAACAAGCAGCUUCUUUACUAUUGCUCUGGUGUCACAUCCUUCUAUCUUACCAUUGUCGUCGCUUUGGCUCUGCACGUUACCGGCCUCUUCAAGCUCUACACUCUGAUCGACGAGUUUGGCCCUCUGAUGUCUGUCGCUAUCUUGUCCGGUUUCAUUGUUUCAGUCGUCGCCUACUUUUCUGCCCUCAUGCGCGGCGCUCAGCACAGAAUGACCGGUUACCACAUCUACGACUUUUUCAUGGGUGCCGAACUGAACCCUCGUCUUUUCGGCUGGCUCGACUUCAAGAUGUUCUUCGAGGUCCGUCUGCCUUGGUUCAUCCUGUUCCUUGUCACCCUCGGAGGUUGCGCUCGUCAGUAUGAACAGUACGGCUACGUUACUGGUGAGAUGGGCUUCUUGCUCAUGGCUCACUUCUUGUAUGCCAAUGCCUGCUGCAAGGGUGAGGAGAUGAUCCCCAUCACUUGGGACAUGUACUACGAGAAGUGGGGCUUCAUGCUCAUCUUCUGGAACUUGGCCGGUGUUCCCUUGUCUUACUGCCAUUGCACCAUCUACCUCGCCAACCACGAUCCCGAGGUCUACUCUCACUCUUGGCCCGUUCUCAUCUGGUUCUUCACUAGCUACUUGUUCGCAUACUGGGUCUGGGAUACCGGAAAUUCGCAAAAGAACAUGUUCCGCGCUCAAGAACGUGGCUACGAGAUGAACCGUAAGACAUUUCCUCAACUUCCCUGGAAGGCCGUCAAGAACCCCCAGAAAAUCGAAACCGAGACUGGUAACUCCCUUCUCUGCGACGGUUGGUACAAGUACGCUCGCAAGAUUCAUUACACCUGCGACAUGUACUUUGCUCUCUGCUGGGGACUGAUCACUGGUUUCAACUCGCCUUUCCCUUGGUUCUACCCUGCCUUCUUUGCCGUCAUGAUUGUUCACCGCGCUCAUCGUGACAUUCAGCGCUGCAAGGAGAAGUACGGUGAUGCCUGGAAGGAGUAUGAGAGACGUUGUCCUUACCUCUUCAUCCCUUACGUCUGGUAA